AUGGUCUUUGCUCAGUCUCCUUUCAUUUGCUUUGCUGCCGUGAUUGCUGCCAUUGGGCUCAUUUCAUUGAUUCUUCGUGCUGUGCUGCAAUCCGGUCGUAGAGAUCCGUCCCUGCCACCUGGCCCGCCCACAGUUCCAUUUUUUGGGAAUGAGUUGCAGAUUCCAAAGAGCGAUGCGCAUUUCCAGUUCAUGAAAUGGGCCGAGAAAUUCGGAGGUAUCUUCACGCUCAAACGCUUCAAGAAUACCACCAUCGUUAUCAGCGAUAGAAGAGUUCUCAAAGAGCUUCUUGACAAGAGAAGUAACCUCUACUCCCACCGGCCCAAAUCUCUCGUGUCCCAUCUCAUCACCCACUCCGAUCACCUUCUGGUAAUGCAGUACGGCGACACCUGGCGGAUGCUGCGAAAGAUGAUCCAUCAAUAUUUUAUGGAGCCCAACUGUGAAAAGGAGCAUUGGAAAGUGCAAGAGGCCGAAGCUAACCAGAUGGUAUAUGACUUUCUCACCAAGCCGGAAGACCACAUGCUUCACCCUAAACGGUACAGUAACAGCAUUACUAACUCGUUGGUAUUUGGCAUUCGUUCCAAGACUGUGCACGACGAGCACAUGGAAAAGCUGUUCCACCUGAUGGAGAAAUGGUCGUUGGUGCAAGAACUCGGAGCCACUCCCCCAGUUGACGAUUUCUGGUUGCUGCGUACCCUUCCCCAGUGGAUGACAGGUAAUUGGAAGAACCGAGCCCUCGAAGUGGAGAAUUUGAUGCAGACGCUUUAUUCAACUGUCCUGAACCAGGUUAGAGAUCGCCGUACCAGGGGUGUCAACCGGGAUUCGUUCAUGGAUCGCGUGCUGGACCGCAUGGAGAAGACGCCUCUCUCCGAGAGCCAGCUUCGCUUCUUGGGAGGUGUUUUGAUGGAGGGCGGAUCCGACACUUCGUCCUCGUUGAUCCUGACGAUCAUUCAAGCCAUGACUAAAUUCCCGGUCGUUCAAGCGAGGGCCCAUGCAGAGAUCGAUCGCGUCGUGGGAACAGACCGAUCGCCCGCCUGGUCGGACUUUGCGAACCUACCGUAUAUCAACUGCAUUAUCAAAGAAGCACAUCGUUGGCGGCCGGUCAGUCCCCUAGGCGUGCCGCACGCAGUCGCCCAAGAUGACACCAUCAACGGCAUGUUGAUACCCAAAGGCGCAACAAUCGUGCUAAAUGUGUGGGGAAUGCAUCACGACCCAAAGACGUAUCCGGCACCGGAGCAGUUCGAACCAUCCCGAUUUGAAAGCUAUCGGUCGCUGGCACCAGGCUACACCGCGGGAGAUUGGGACAAGCGCGAUCACUAUGGAUACGGGGCGGGUCGGCGCAUCUGCCCUGGGAUCCAUUUGGCCGAGCGCAACCUUUUCAUUGGUGUUGCUAAGUUGUUGUGGGCAUUCGAGUUCACGCAGCCAGUAGGCAGCUUCAGCGAUAUUGAUCCGGAGUCUGGGGCCAGUCAGGGGUUCCUGCAUUGCCCAAAGGAGUAUGGUUGUGGAAUCCGAUUGCGGGGCGAGAAGAGAGGGACGAUCGAGAAGGAAUUCCGCGAGGCGCAGGAGCUUUUUGCCCGAUUUGACUAG